UGCGCAAAAAAAAAAAAAAAAAAAAAUCUGAAAGCUGGUGAACAUGGCGGCUGUUUACAAGUGGGCCGCGGCCGACCUGUUUCCAGACAAAAACGAGGAGCCCCGUCCUGAAAACGGACCGGCGGAGCUCGUUAACGGGCUGGGAAACGAGCCGCCGCUCCUUUAUACCGAGAGAGAGAUCAAAGUGGAGCCACCGGAGGCUGAAGUGGAGCCGGAGAGCCGCGGAGCACGACCGCUGAUCAUGAGCGCUGAAGCGCGGACCGCCGUCAAAGCGGAGCCGGCGGAGGAGGAGGAGGACGAGGCGGAGGAGGAGGGGAGCUGUUACCGGAUAAAGCUGUGUGAAGCCGGGGAGACCUCGGGCGAGUGGACCCGGACCCGAGACCAGCUCAGACAGGAGGGCCCAGAAAGCGAGGACCGAGAUAACAACGGGCAUGGGUUAUUCUUCUGCAUGGACUGUGGAGAGGUCUUUAUGCAGAGGGCCGUCUACCAAGCCCACCGGCGGACCCACGCUCGUGAGCGCCGGAGGGACCGCGUGGCCCGCUACGAAGGCAUGCUGGUGCCCGACGCGGGCGGGAAAACCUUCUCCUGCGCAAUCUGCGGGAAACGCUUCUACAAUUCCAGAGGCUUCCACGGCCACCAGCGGACCCACCUCCUCAAACAGCCCAAAACAGGCCAGGAAGACAGCGGGGAGGCUGGGGCGGACAAGCCUCACAAGUGCACCGUGUGCGGGAAAGGCUACAUCUCGCUCGGCUGCCUGCUCAGCCACCAGCGUUCCCACGAGAAACCUCCCAAAUCCAUCUUCAACGGGCUGGCCCAGCUGAAGAAGAAAUCCUUCGAGUGCCCGGACUGCGGGCGGUGUUACUCGCGGGUGUCGGCCCUGGACGCCCACCGUCGUUGUCACGCCAACGUGAAGCUCUUCAAAGCCCUGGACCCGAUCAAGCAGGCGAGGGCCUGUGGGAAAGCGCACGAGUGCCCCGAGUGCGGGAAGGCCUGCCACUCCGUGGCGGGGCUCAGCUGUCACCGGAAGGUCCACAGCGUGAAUCCGGUGAAGAGAGAGGACAUGCGAGAGGAGAGCAGGAGGUCCCUGGAGUGCCUGGAGUGCGGCCGCUCCUUCGCCUCCGCGGUGGCCGUACGGGCCCACCGGCGGGUUCACGCUUUGCGUUCUAAGUCCGACGGCGCGGUUACCCCGGCCGGUGCAGAGAAGCCCUGCGCGUGCCCAGUGUGCCAGAAGCGGUUCUGCACGCCGGCUUUCCUGGACUACCACCGCCGGCUGGCUCACGCAGACUCCAAGCCGCCCAAGUCCUUGCUCCACCAGCUGGACACACUGCAGAAGAAGUCGUUCAAGUGUCCCGAGUGCGGGAAGCGCUUCUCCCGCGCCUCCGCUUUCCACUCCCAUCUGCGCUGCCACACGGACUACGAUUCUCACCAGGACGUCCAGGAGGGCAGCUCUUCUGCUGCUGAGGAGGAGGAGGCCGAUAAAAGUGUCUGCUUCUCUCCCAGGUCUUCCCCUCGUACGGCCAGAAGGCUUCCUGCUGCUGAAUCCCUCGGAGAAAGCGCCCAGUCCGGAAGGGGCGACUCAUUUGAGUGCCUCGACUGUAGCAUGUGUUUCGCCCGCCCCAGUGCCUUCCACGCCCAUCGCCUCUGGCACUCCCUAGCUGCUGUCGGCGGCGUCACGCCCGCCAAGCUGGAAGUGAAACCCGAAGCUGAAUUGGAAAUCGAGCUUGAGGAGGAGCCCAACCUGAAACCGAAGAGUCCGGACUGCGGAGAACGCUUUGGCCUCCCCGUCGAGCUGCGAGCUCAUCUCCUCUGUCACAGACGAGAACUAAAACCGGACAUCAAGUCAGAAAUGGAGAUCGAACCCGACCCCGAGGUGGAACCAAAGAAGAAUUCUUUUGAGUGUCCGGAGUGUGGACAGUGUUUCAGCUGUUCCAAGGCCCUCCUAACCCACCGGCACUGGCACACUCAGGGUUCAAUGCAGUCCUUCAUCGGGGGCAGCCCGGCGCAGUCUGAGAAGCCCUACCAGUGUGACGAGUGUGGGAAAGGCUACUGCUCAGUCAAGGCCUUCAGCAACCACCUGCGAAAACACGUGGACAGAAAGCCUUUGAAAUCCCUCUCUUACCAGCUGACUCGACUGGAGACUAACUCCUUCGAGUGUCCCGAGUGCGGGAUGUGUUUCUCCCGGGCGUCCGCGCUGCAAUCCCACAAGCAGAACCACCUGGAAUCAGGAUUUCAUUCCCGCACCUCUUCCGAGAAACCCUUCAAGUGCGCAGAGUGCGGCAGAGGCUACUGGUCACCUGGUGCGCUCGCAGUCCAUCAGAAAUCUCAACACGCCCACGCGAAACCUUCCUUGGAUCGCUGCCAGAGGAGGGAGAAGUCUGCCACCGAUAUAAGCAGCAACACGCCCAACCAGUCUGUUGCAAGCGGGAAAGGGAACGCUAAACAUUGGGGUUCGGAUCGCCACGGCCGAUUGCACCUGGAACCGAAACCUUCAGGGCACUCCGAUGUCCGCCAGGGUGCCAGCUCCCAGGAGAAGUCCGACAAGGGCUCGGAUUGCAGGAGUUGGAGCGUCAGCGGCUCUGCUCUCCAGUCCCUGUAUGGCACAGAUUCCUCCAAAUCCCUCAAAGAAUGUUCUUCCACCCACUUUGACAGUGAUGUUAAACCUCCUGAUGAGCCCGACAUCAAACUGGAAAUUGAAGACUUUGCCAUCGGGAGUACUCCGUCAAAGCAGGUUGAUCCCUUCGACUGCCCAGAUUGUGGCCAGCGCUUCACCCGCCCCGGCGCAGUCUGUGCCCAUUGCCACGGGCGCACCAGAGACUACAGACACCUCAAACUGCUUGGCAGGGCCACGGAUCUGAAAACGGAAUUAAAACCGGACGUGAAACCCGAUGUUGGACCCGACGCCGAAACGAAGAAUAUUUCUCUGGCGUGCCCAGACUGCGGCCGGCUUUUCACUCGCCCCAAUGCACUUCGAGCCCACCGCUACUGGCACACGCGAGGCUCGAGUCGUCUGGCGUUGUUUACCGGGAGCACCGACGUUAAACCGGACAUAAAACUCGAGAUCAAAACCGUUCUCAUCGCCGACAGCACCUUGCCCAAGAAGCCUUUUCCCUCGGAGUGCCCGGUUUGUGGCAGGAGCUUUCGUAAGCUUGCUGGGCUCCGAUCCCACAUGCAUUGGCAUAGACGGCCCUCGAAGCACCACUUAACAACAUUAUCGCACGAGGGAGGCCUGGCCCCGAGCGAGAAGCCCUACCGGUGUGACGAGUGUGGAAAAGGCUGCGGCUCUAUCAAGGCCUUUCACAACCACCAGCGGAAACACAGAAAGCCUUUGAAAUCCCUCUCUUACCAGCUGGCUCGUCUGGAGAGGAACUCCUUCGAGUGUCCCGAGUGCGGGAUGCGUUUCUCCCGGGCGUCCGCGCUGCAAUCCCACAAGCAGAGCCACCUGGACUCGUAUUCCAGGAGCUUGAAAGACAAACCUUACAGAUGCACCGAGUGCGAGAAAAGCUACUGGUCUAUGAGGUCGCUGUACACCCACAAGAAGUGUCACAUCAAAGAGGCUUUAAAAGAGGAAGGUGGCGGAGAGACCCAGGCGGAGGAGAAGCCAUGUCACAAGUGCCCUGAUUGCCAGAGGAAUUUCAGUGACCCUGCAGAGCUUGCCACCCACAGACAGGGGCCCUGUGCGGAUGAACCCUGGGAAAGAGACGCCCAGGCUGAGCUGGGAGGCGAGGACGGACCCUUGAAGAGCAGUCGGUGUGAGGAGGGUUUCCAAGAUUCGAACGCUCUCUGUGGACACCAGCUACACCAACACACGGAUGAGAAGACUGUUUUGCAGAAGCAACUGGAGAAGUCUCUUGCAUGUCCUGAUCGCGAGAGAGUUUGUGCCACUGCUGUGGCUCUUGGCGGCUUGCACCAGCGAAGCCACCAAGUCGGAGAAGGCUCAAACCAGAAGCCCUAUCCCUGCCCGGACUGUGAGAAAAGUUACAGCUCAGCCGGUGCGCUACACAACCACAAGAAAUCCAGCCACAAGAAACCUGGAAACUCUGUUGACUCCCGGGUGACGGCUCCUAGGUCUCGGGGUCGGCGCCCCCGCCGCUUCACGAACAAGAGCUACCAAUGCCAGGACUGUGGGAAACGCUACAGCACCCAGAGUGCGCUCUACAACCACAAGAAAUCCCACGUCUCGCCUUCCGUCCCCAGCCUGCAGGGGGCGCCCCUGCAGAACGACGUGCCCUCCGGGAGAGGUGCCGAACCAAGGAAGUGCCAGAAAUGCGGGAAUUCGUCCACUACAGGCUCCUUGCUGAACGCUCACAGGAAGCAGGCUAGCAGUAGCCCUUACUCCUGCUCGCUGUGCUGCAAAACUGAAUUGGAAAUCAAGCUUGAGGAGGAGCGCGACCUGAAACCGAAGAGUCCGGACUGCGGAAAACACUUCGGCCGCCCUACUGAGCUGCAUACUCCUCUCCUCUGUCACAGACGAGAUGGCGUCGCACCCUUCGACCUAAAACCAGUCAUCAAGUCAGAAAUGGAGAUCGAACCCGCCCCCGAGGUGGAACCGAAGAAGAAUUCUUUUGAGUGUCCGGAGUGCGGACAGUGUUUCAGCUGUUCCAAGGCCCUCCUAACCCACCGGCACUGGCACACUCAGGGUUCAAUGCAGUCCUUCAUCGGGGGCAGCCUGGUGCAGUCUGAGAAGCCCUACCAGUGUGACGAGUGUGGGAAAGGCUACUGCUCAAUCAAGGCCUUCCGCAACCACCUGCGAAAACACGUGGUCAGAAAGCCUUUGAAGUCCCUCUCUUACCAGCUAGCUGGGCUGGAGAAGAACUCCUUUGAGUGUCCCGAGUGUGGGAAGCGUUUCUCCCGGGCGUCCGCGCUGCAAUCCCACAAGCAGAGCCACCCGGACUCGCAUUCCAGAAGCUCGAAAGACAAACCUUGCAGAUGCACAGAGUGUGAGAAAAGCUACUGGUCUUUGAGGUCGCUGUACACCCACAAGAAGUGUCACAUCAAAGAGGCUUUAAAAGAGGAAGGUGGUGGAGAGACCCAGGCGGAGGAGAAGCCAUCUCACAAGUGCCCUGAUUGCCAGAGGAAUUUCAGUGACACGGCCAAGCUCGCCACCCACAGACAGGGGCCCUGUGCGGAUGAACCCUGGGAAAGAGACGCCCAGGCUGAGCUGGGAGGCGAGGACGGACCCUUGAAGAGCAGUCGGUGUGGGGAGGGUUUCCAAGACUCGAACGCUGUCUGUGGACACCAGCUACACCAACACACUGACGAGAAGACCGCUUUGCAGAAGCAACCGGAGAAGUUGUCUCUUGCGUGUCCUGAUCGCGUGAGAGUUUGUGCCGCCGCUGUGGCUCUUGGCGGCUCGCACCGGCGAAGCCACCAAGUCGGAGAAGGCUCAAACCAGAAGCCCUAUCCCUGCCCGGACUGUGAGAAAAGUUACAGCUCAGCCGGUGCGCUACACAACCACAAGAAAUCCAGCCACAAGAAACCUGGAAACUCGGUCGACUCCCGGGUGACGGCUCCUAGGUCACGGGGUCGGCGCCCCCGCCGCUUCACGAACAAGAGCUACCAAUGCCAGGACUGUGGGAAACGCUACAGCACCCAGAGUGCGCUCUACAACCACAAGAAAUCCCACGUCUCGCCUUCCGUCCCCGGCCUGCAGGGGGCGCCCCUGCAGAACGACGUGCCCUUCGGGAGAGGUGCCGAACCAAGGAAGUGCCAGCAAUGCGGGAAUUCGUUCACUACAGGCUCCUUGCUGAACGCUCACAGGAAGCAGGCUUGGAACAGCCCUUACUCCUGCUCGCUGUGCUGCAAGGGCUUCCCGGAGGAAGGGGAGCUCCUGCGGCACAUGCAGCGCGGGCACGAGUGCAGGGUGUGCGGGAUGCUGUUUGGGGCGCUGGCCGAGCUCCGCCUCCACCUGGAGACCCACCCGGGCGCCCGGCCCUUCCGGUGCCUGACCUGCGGGCUCGCGUUUUCCCAUCUGAAGAACCUGACCAGGCACCAGAAGAAUCGCGGUCACCAAGGAGUGAUCAGGGAGGGGAAACCGACGGAGGCUCCGAAGCACCACACGUGCUCGCAGUGCGGCAAGACGUUCCGGUUUCUCUCCGAAGUCAAACGGCAUCAACCCAUCCACACCGGAGAGAAGCAACGGUGCCAGCUGUACCCGAAGGCAUACUCGCUGCCCCAAGCACUGAGGCCGCAUCAGCAGACCCUUCGUAGAGGAGAUGGGACCCAGCAGUCGUCACCGUUGCCGGAGGAGGAGGAGGAGGAGGAGCUGCUGCUGCUGGGCUGCAUCGAGUGCGGGCAGAAAUUUAGUCAGGAGUUGGAACUGCACCAGCACUACAUAGAGCACGCCCGGGGAGACUUCUGAAAGGGUUUGCAGGUGGAUAACACUACAGACAGCUCACUAAGAGGGAGAACAGUGACCCCCCCCUCCCCCCCCCACACACACACGCUCCUUAUGUCGUAGUCUUAAGUCACAAAAGAACCAGGAUGAGGGGGCGGGGUGGGGCAGCAGGGCGAGUCACUAGCCUCUUAACCGGCUCGGAUCGCAGGCGCAGUUUGGUUUGGCUUGUCUCGGCUUGAACAGCCUCGCAGUUUAACUUGUUGUAAAUCAAAUCACGUUGACAAGCAAACACUGCAUGAUUCGGCAGCAUUGCCAGUCUCUGCUUGAGAGAGGGAGGGGUCUGGGACCGAAUGGCAGGGAGGGAGGGGUGUUCUAAGUCCCUUGUUGUAGGUCUGGGAGACGAGGCUGUCACAGAGCACACCUCAGGACCACUAUAUAUAUAAAAAAAAAAAAAUUGUAAAGACAUACAGAUUUGACCUUGGGACUGGGAAAACUCAUUUUCAGAUAGAUAGAUAUUUUUUGUUUUUACUGUUUUCUUGUUGGCUGUGCUCGACGGUCUCUGAAACACAACGGAAACACAUGCUAAGAUUUCCAGCUUCAUGACCGUAAAUCCUAAAAAUAAAAUCAGAAACACACUAAAGAAACGCUCAGGGACAGCAGGACAAAGCUGCCUGUCUGAGCCCGGGACGGAAAGACCGCGGAGCCUGACGCAACAUUGUGCUUUUUAUUUUAUUAUUUAUUUUUGUUGUUGUUGAAAUUGCAUUUCAAAGCCGUUUUCAACGCGUUUCUCAAAGGGAAGUUGACGAGGUCAAACUGUGUGAAGAGCUGUAAUGCUGUCUGGCUCCAAUGCUGGCCUGACAGUCGCUCCCCAAUUAUUACAAUUCGCAUUCGAUGUGCACCCAUUUUAAAUGGAACUAUUUUAAACAGCACUUUUUUGGGGGGGAGACGGGGGUUGUGUUGCUGAAUUGGAAAUCUCUCUGUCUUGCAAACCUGAUCUAGACCGUUCUACACAAGACAUCUUAAUCUGUGUCAUCUAGACUAGGGCUUCCCCACCCCGGUCCUGGGGGGGGACCCCCUGUGUGUCUGCUGGUUUUCAUUCCACUGAGCUCUCAAUUACUGAACUGAACCCUUCAGCUCUUAAACAGCUGCAGAUUUCAAGUUAGCUGUAACAUUUUAUAAGAGACUUGAAAUCUGCAACUGUUUUAGACCUAAAAAAAAAAGGUCGAAUUAAGCAAAUUAUUAGUUCAAUCCAGGGUCUAGUUCAGUAAUUGAGAGCUCAGCUGGAAUGAAAACCCAGAAGACGCAGGGGGUCCCCAGGAGCGGGGUGGGGAGCCACUGAUCUCCACCAUUCUACCAAUUACACAGAAGGAAGGUGAGAAAACGAGUCUACAGUUGUGAUGCCAACUUUUGCUUUGUGUUUUUUAUUUUUUAUUUGGACACUAUUCAGUAAAGCACAAUCUGCAUUUUCUCAGAAGGCUCUUGUCCGUUUCGCUUGUCCACAAGCACGCAUUGGGAUUUGGUACAGAAUAUGCAAGUACUUGCAACGUUGCAUUGUGAUAUACAUUUGCGCCACCUGGUGGAAAUACAGAGCUAUAGACGUAAGCACUUGGUAUUGCUUUGAUCAAUAAUUAUUUAAUUUUGUUUGUUUGUUUGCUUGGGGUUUAAUUAAGCUGACAUUUAAUUAUUUUAAACAGCGUUUUAUAACGUUAAAAAAACAAAACAAAAAACUACUACAAAUAAUAGUGAGUAAUAAGCUGGGACUUUAACUUGUAAAUGUAAUUGUUAGUUCCGUUGUGGCCGGCUCUCAGCCUUGUAAUCGCAGAAAUAUACAUGUGUACAUACAUGCUGUGUGUAGAGAGACCACUGGAUACAGGGAACUAUGAAAAGGCUAGUUUUGUAUCUGAAAAAAUAAAUAAAUCAAUAAACACAGGUGUGCGUGGUGUCCUGUACAUUAUGUGUAGCGAUUUGGUUCUUUUGUUUUUCAGCCUCUGGUUUUAUUGUCACGUUUACACUAUAAAGCCUGUUCGUUUUUUAUUGUGACCGAUGGAGUACGUGUUUGAUUUCCUGUCUGUUGCAUUACAGUUCAAUAAACCUCCUUCAGCUGA